GAAACCGUCGUCUACAAAAUCAAGUAAAUUACAAAAUAACCCAAAGAAUUAGAUAUUCUGCAGAACUUGGAAAGAAGAAGAAAGGAAAAUGGCGUGUCGUUUCAUUCUUCAAAAUCCUUCAAAACGAAAAUUACUUCAUUCCACCUUCGCUUCCAGAUCCGCAAGUACUUUGGUCUUAGCGGAGCAUGAAGGCGGUUCGAUCAAGGCCCAGUCACUGAGUGCGGUGGUGGCUGCCAACUCCAUCAGCCGAGACAAUCCCGUUUCCUUGCUACUGGCUGGCUCCGGCUCUUCCCUUCAACAAGCAGCCGAGAAGGCUGCCACGUGUCACCCUUGUAUUUCUCAGGUGCUUGUAGCUGAUUCCGAUAAGUUUGCGUACCCUUUGGCUGAGCCUUGGGGUAAGUUAAUCCAAUUGGUUCAGCUAAAAGGAGGCUACUCUCAUGUAAUUGCUACUUCAAGUUCAUUUGGGAAGAACAUAUUACCUCGUGCUGCUGCCCUUUUGGAUGUUUCUCCUGUUACUGAUGUUGUUGAAAUUAAUGGCCCUAAUCAAUUUAUCAGGCCUAUUUAUGCUGGAAAUGCCCUUUGUACAGUUCGAUACACUGGUGCCAGCCCUUGUAUGCUAUCAGUUAGAUCCACCUCUUUUCCGGUGCCUCCUUUGGGUGAUUCAAAAUCUGAUGGGGCUUCUAUUUCUGAGGUUGAUCUCUCAACCUUAGAUGAAGAGUCUAUUGGUAAAUCUAGAUUCAUAAAGCUAUCAUCCGAGGAGACAGAUCGCCCUGAUUUGGGAAGUGCAAGAGUUGUGGUUACAGGUGGCAGAGCUUUGAAAAGUGCUGAGAACUUCAAAAUGAUAGAGAAGCUUGCAGAAAAACUUGGUGCAGCUGUUGGUGCUACCCGUGCUGCUGUUGAUGCUGGAUUUGUUCCCAAUGAACUUCAGGUUGGCCAAACCGGAAAAAUUGUAGCCCCAGAACUAUACAUGGCAUUCGGUGUUUCAGGAGCCAUUCAACACUUAGCUGGUAUGAAGGAUUCUAAGGUUAUUGUUGCUGUCAACAAAGAUGCCGAUGCACCCAUCUUCCAGGUAGCCGAUUAUGGACUUGUAGGUGAUCUUUUCGAAGCGAUACCAGAUUUGUUAGAGAAGCUUCCUGAGAAAAAGUAGGCCGGUAAACUUCUCAAAGUUGCAAAAAGUAAUGACUGUUGUUUAAAUCAGAGAAUCUAAUUGAACAGAGAUAAAACAGAUGAUAACUUGUGGUAUUUUAUCACAUUAAUGAACUCUCUUCAUUUGCGAAGCACUCAAAAUUAUUCAAAGGAUCAACGUUUUCUUUCUGUGUA